CAACAUGGAGGAGGGCUUUGAUGAGCGUCUGUGUGAGGAGAUCCGCCGCUACCCGCAUCUCUACAACUCCUCUGGUGUUCACUACAGAGAUGCAAACAUGUGCAACACUUCUUGGAGAAAAAUCGCCGCAAAGCUUGGUCGAAGUGAACUAUUUUGUCGGCACAAGUGGAAGUUUUUAAGAGACAAAUUCGUGAGGGUGAAGAGGAAGCUGCAGAAGAAAGGGGCUGCGGUGGACGGCGGUGCCCCGGUUCCCCGCAUCUACUCCCUGCUCUGCUGGCUCUCCGACUACGUAAAACACAAAGACAGCGAGCCCAGCAGAUAUCUCUCUGUGCGGGUAGAAGGCAGCUCCGACAGAGCAGGGCCAGGGGAAGGUGUGAGAGCUUCAGCUUUCAGUGUUGGUGAAAGUGAUGAAGAAGGUCCUCAUCUGCCUCUGUCAUCCCUGCGCCUCCUGGUUCCUCCUCUGCGGCUCAUGUCCGCCUGCAUGUGGCAGGUUGCACAGGACCGAAAUGUAGACCAGUAUGGAAAGCUGUUAGAUUUCAUCACAUUAGUGAUUAAGAUGGUUCCCGAGCUGCUGAAAUACAAACAGAGGAGUCAGCUGAUCCUCGGGCUCAGAGCCAGGCUCAUUCUUGAAUUGUUAAAGAACAAAGAAGAAUGUUCCAAAGCUUUUCAGGAUCAUCUCUUAAAAUUCAACCAAAUGGAUACAAGCUACAUGCAUGAAGAGGAACAAGAUGGAGCAGUGGAGUUCUCAAAGGUCACUUUUCUGGAGCUUGUUCAAAAAUUGUUGAGUAAUGAAUCAGAAAAAGAAACUUUCUUUAAGGAAGUCUUCCCAGUUCAGUAUGGAGCUCGGUUUGAUACGGCGUUGCAGAUUCUGGUGUGGGAGUUCUUCUGCCAGCUGGAGGAGUUUGUACCGGUGCCAAGUUUUUCUCGGGUGUUCUCUAUGUUUGACUUUUCUUGCGGCGACUACAAGUUUGAGCAGUUUGUUUCUGAUCAAGAAGAUCUGAAGACAAUUUUGUCAUAUCACCAGGAGCACCAAAAGUUGCCCGAAAGUGAAUUCACCUUCAUGUCAGACACCAUCCUCUCCGCGCUCGCCUCUAAACAAACUUUAGAGGGGUUUAAAGGUCCUUGUGAUCAAAAGAAAUGUCCAGAAAAUGGCUUUAGCAUCGAAGUCACUUGUGAGGACUCUGAAGAGGCCGACUGUGGUUCUGUCGAGGCUAAUCCAAACUCUCAGGAGGAAGACUACGUACUGUCACCACUCUCCUCCUCUGCGUUUUAUGAAGGUCCUGGGUCAUCUCAUGAGAGCAAAGUAGCCGAGGAAGUGGCUUUCCAGUCAUCCACAUGCUCAGAGAGUUCGCUGGAAGGAGUGACUGAACAUCUGGAUCUUAAUGGCAUCAAGGAAGAACAGAGUAUGAGCCAGUCUUCAUCAAGAGGAAAAGCUGAGAUCUCUCUUCUGUGCAGCCAACCAUUAACAAACAACCAGAACAUUAAUUCUUCAUCACUGCCAUUCAAGUGCUCUAUUUGCCCUUCGACAUUUAAACACUGUGACAGACUGUUAAAUCAUUUAAUCAAGCACCCAAAUGUCCCGCCUUUUACUUGCAGUUAUUGUAGUAAAACAUUUGAAUGCAGAUCUUCAUUUAGCGUUCACCUCCGAGAUCAUGUAGAAAGACCGUAUGCCUGUUCGUGCUGUGACAAGAAGUUCUAUUCAAAGUCGGUCUUGAAGCGCCAUGAGCGCAUUCACACCGGUGAGCGUCCGUAUGCCUGUCCUCUAUGCAACAAGAAAUUCAAACAAUCAUAUUCGUGCACUCUGCACCUCAGAAGUCAUACGAAAGACAAGCCAUACCUGUGCAGAACGUGUGGUAUGACCUUCAGCACCUCCAUGGGGCUGUAUGCGCACACGCGCACACACACGGGGGAGCUGCGCUUUCAGUGUGAAUUAUGCCAAAAGAGGUUGGCUUCAUCUACAGGCCUGGUAGUUCAUCGGAGAUCAGCCCACACAGGAGAAAGGCCGUUCUCCUGCUCAUAUUGUGAAAAAUCAUUCCACUCCAAUUCAGGACUGAAGAAUCACACAAGGACACACACAGGCGAGAAGCCUCAUAAAUGUGUAACGUGUGGCAAGGCAUUUUCUCAAAAAUCAAACCUGAAAAUACACCUCAAGGUCCACAAAAAUAUUAAUUAAUUUCGGGAUAUGAUUCCCUGGUUUGUUUCAAAUGGUUUUAAGACUUCACCUGUGUCUACUUUUCUCAAAGAAAGAAGGACACAGGUGUUUUCAACUAUGUUCUGUAUGUUAAAAUGGGCUUGGGAUUGUCACAUAUCUAACUUGCCAUUUUUUGUCUAAAAAAAUAAAGAUACAAAUACAAUAAUACCCUACUUUUACUGAAAAGUAAUGUCUCAUGUGACCAACUAGACUUCAUUUUCUUGGCCCGUAAACAUUGGGUAGAGGAUGCAUGUACCAUAAGCCUCUGUAGCCUCAAUAGGAUAGUUUUUCUGGCAUGAUUACUGAUCUUGUUGAAGUAAGGUAAUGUCUGGGCUGGGCCUGGGUGAGUCUAGCCUCCCAAGGGGUUGGGUAUGAAGAGGUUUAUCUCUGAAACGGUAAGCUACACGUUGCUUUGUUCUGUGACGGCAGCAUUUCUCUCGAUUCUUCA